GCUUAGCAUCGCGCGCUGGCUCGCUCUUUCGGCGCACUUUCUGACCGUAGUGCGCAGGAAAGCACACGGGGCACCACAGUAGCACGCCUGCGUGCUUCCUGCUUCAUCAUUCCGUUUGUUAGUCUUUAUUUUGUAUUUGGCUUCUCCGUUGGCUUUUGUGCACUGCAGGCAAAGCACGCUUUACAGGGGAAAGGGAAGGGUCGGUCACGGGACGGGAUUGAUCGGCCGUGCUGCGACGGCGGGCCGGUGUGUGUGGCCCGACGACAGUAGUCAUGGAAACCUGUUGUGUCGCCAAAACCGGUGUGGUCGUUCGCCGCCGACGCCGAGCGCUGGCGUCGGCGCACCCUUGCCUCCGGGGCUAUUUUUACGGCGUCCUCUGGCGUCGUCGACGGCGGCAUGGCGGCGCGCCCAUCGAUCCCCUGGGCGAGCCUCGGGCCGCCCUCAGGUGAGCGGCGCGCACGUUACGACGGAGGGAGGGCGCGCGCGCCUUCUCCACUUGCGUGCAAUCGUUGUCGGCGACAUUUCUGGCCGCUUCCACUGCUAAGACGAAUGCUUUUGUCGUCCGUAUGACAUGGUCCAGCGACCGCGGACACAAACAGAUGAUCGGAGGAGUUGGACGCUGUAGCGGCGCGCGGCGGCACCUCGGCGCCGUUGCUUGCCGGGAUGGGAGAGGAGGAAAUAAAGGAGGGGAGCAGUUUGUGCGAAUGCCGGUUGUUCCGGGGGCGGCGGCGCUGUGUGCCCCCUCGGUUCUUCUAAUGGUCGCCACGUGACCAGCGCUGUCUUGCUUCGAACCCCUUUCCCUCCUCUUUGUCGUCGACCCCCUCGUUUUCCCUCAGCCUUCCUCUGACUCCGCGCCGGGGCCGCCCGUACGAGAGCGCCCUGCCAAGUCGACGCGCCCGUUUGCCCGCCCCCGUAGCAUGGACCGAGGGCUCUACGCGGGGCCGUCCGCUGCACCGCCGCAACCGCCGUCAUUCGUGGCCUGUGUCUCUGUCGGCGGUUGCCGUCGCACGAGGUCCAUGUUGCCCCUAUUCUAGGGAAGAGAGAGACCUUCGAGAGGCCGUCGUGUUCGCGUGGUUCUCUUCGCGCCGAUGAACCCGCGGCGGCGCCCGCACCGGCGGCGCCCCAUCGCCCAUGGAGCGGUGCUGCUUCUGCGGCGAGCGGCGGCCCGCUAGCCAACACGAGCCUCUCCUGACGGUACCCGUGCGCCGGUGCCGUGCCGGACUGGACUGGCGGCGCUCGGUGAAUCCCACUAGCGCGCCCGUUUACGGUUGUGGCGUUGCGAAGCCGUGUGGCUCGCUCGACCUUGCCACAGUCGUCGUUGUCGUAGGGCGGCUGGGACGCGCCCAAGGCCGGAGGAGGCCCGCCGCCAUGCGGGGCCCUUGCGCCACCGGCAGCGAGUCGGCCCUAGACCGAGCGGCGGCCCUAGUGGCACGGCGUUGCUGCGGGCCGCUGCCUCCCGUCAACGUGAUCGUCGGUCGCCACCGACUCUGAGGAGUGGAGCUGCGCGCGCCACCGCUCAACUCUUUUCUGGGCGGAUGAUCGGCCGGGCGUGCGGCGGCGGCGCCCGCUGAGCGGCGGCGCGAUGCAGCGUGCCCGGUCGCUGUCGUCGCUGCCGCCGGAGCCGUUCAUGAUCAUGCGCAGCAAGGCGCUCAACCGGCGCGUGGUCAUCAACGUGGGCGGCGUGCGCCACGAGGUGCUGUGGCGUACCCUGGAACGGCUGCCGCACACGCGGCUGGGCCGGCUGCGCGAGUGCAACACGCACGAGGCGCUGGCCGAGCUGUGCGACGACUACUCGCUGGCCGACAACGAGUACUUCUUCGACCGGCACCCGCGCUCGUUCGGCGCCGUGCUCAACUUCUUCCGUACCGGCAAGCUGCACUUGGUCGAGGAGAUGUGCGUGAUGGCCUUCAGCGACGACCUGGAGUACUGGGGCAUUGACGAGCUCUACCUGGAGUCAUGCUGCCAGCACCGCUACCACCAACGCAAGGAGCACGUGCACGAGGAGAUGCGCAAGGAAGCCGAGUCCCUGAGACAGAGAGACGAAGAGUACUUCGGCGAAGGACGUCGAGCCCAGCUGCAGAAGUUCCUGUGGGACCUGCUCGAGAAGCCCACCUCGUCUUUGGCCGCCCGGGUGGUGGCAGUGCUGUCGAUCCUCUUCAUCAUCCUGUCGACGAUCGCGCUGACGCUCAACACGCUGCCCGAGCUGCAAGAACGUGACCACAAGGGAGAGGUGGUGGACAACCCCAAGCUGGCGUUGGUCGAGGCCGUCUGCAUCACUUGGUUCACGCUCGAGUACCUGCUGCGGUUCCUGUCGUCGCCCAACAAGUGGAAGUUCUUCAAGGGAGUGCUCAACGUCAUCGACCUGCUGGCCAUCCUGCCGUACUUCAUCUCGCUCUUCCUCACCGAGACGAGCAGCAAGAAGCAGGACCAGUUCCAGGACGUGCGCCGCGUGGUGCAGAUAUUUCGCAUCAUGCGCAUCCUGCGAAUCCUCAAGUUGGCCCGCCACUCGACCGGACUGCAGAGCCUGGGCUUCACGCUGCGCAACAGCUACAAGGAGCUCGGGUUGCUCAUGCUGUUCCUGGCCAUCGGCAUCAUGAUAUUCUCCAGCCUGGCAUACUUCGCCGAAAAGGAGGUGGCCGACACCAAGUUCACCAGCAUCCCGGAGACUUUCUGGUGGGCAAGUAUCACCAUGACUACCGUCGGCUACGGAGAUAUCUGUCCGACCACGCCUCUGGGCAAGAUCGUCGGUAGCGUCUGCUGUAUCUGCGGCGUGCUCGUCAUUGCGCUGCCCAUCCCCAUCAUCGUCAACAACUUCGCCGAGUUCUACAAGAACCAGAUGCGCCGGGAGAAAGCGCUCAAGCGCAAGGAGGCCCUGGAGCGUGCCAGGCGUGAAGGCAGCAUCGUCUCCUUUCACCACGUCAACCUGCGCGACGCCUUCGCCAAGAGCAUGGACUUGGUCGACGUCCUUGUGGACACGGCCCAUGGCACCUCCCAGGGCGACGCCAUCAGCCUCGGUGAAGAGUCCGCGGCCCGCCUGAACGCCGGCUGCUUCCGCAACUACGAGCACACGCUGCAGGCUGCCAGCGGCGGCUGCUCAGGGGUACCACCUGGAGGAGGAGCCCGAGGCGCCUCGGACCCUCUCCUGCUACCGGAGCCGCUCAACUCUCUCAGCGGCAGUCGCCAGCAAGCGGCGGGCCAGACGCUGGCGGCCUCGCCCGAGUUCCUCGAAGGCGACUUCCGGGCCAACAUAGAGCUCAAGACUAUCAACCGCUGGGACGUCGGCAGCGUGGAGAGCUCGGACACGUACCUGUCCUGCGCCACGCAGCCGUUCGCCUCGCAGGCGGACCUGAGCCAAGAACCGGCGGCCGGCCAACAACAGCCAGUGCAGCUGGUGCGGCCGCGGUUCCUGCAGGGCGUGCGCACCAAGGCCCGCUUCGACCCCGUGGACGCCACCCGGGCGCUUCGACCGGACACCAUCGAGCUGCCGCGACCCGAGCCGCACGUGUUCGCGCCCUCGGCCACGCACAAGGCGUCGCCUUUCUCGAAAGUGCUGACGCUGUUCGGCGGCCAGUCGGGCAAGUACGGCGGCGGUUCGGGCGACCCCGGCGAGCGCGCGGAGCCGCCGCCGCCGGCGAGCCGCGGCGCCGCCAAGUCCAUCCUGAAGAAGCCCGAGGAGCGGACCACGGCGUCGACGGGCACCGCGACCACGCCCAGCCUGGGCGCACUGUGCGUGCACACGGUGGACGUGAUGUGCUCGCCGGUGCGCGCCGAGAGGACGCCCCUGCUCACCGCGCAGGAGGAGGACGGCAGCCCCGCCAGGGAGCCGCGCUCGUAGCCAGAGCGGCUCAGUGCGUGUGCGUGGGCCGGAAAGGGGGGCUGUGCAGCGGCACCACACGGUGCGUCCCGGGCGCCGCCGCGGGCGCCAUAAUUUCGGGGCCUCGGUGGGGGGCGCUACUUGUCUCCUCCGGGAUCCCCACCGAGGCCCCAGGCGGCGCCGCGCGAGCGCCCGGGACGCCCGGAGGAGACCCCAUCGUCACCGACACGCACCGCAGCGGCAGCAGCAACAGCCACCGACGAUGUGACCUCAUCUCGCGCUUGUACAUACCUCAUUGGACAACCACCACAGCAUUUCCUCCUCAUUUUUUUUUUCUUUUAUAUAUCGAACUCUAGACUGCUCGCUAUCUCACAUUCUUGGUGCGAAUAACGACCCUGCUCACUUACGCCUUCGUGUUACUCAGCGCACUACAACCAUUCGUCUGUGUGUGCCACGAAGAACGGUGAAUCUCUCGGAGGGACUGACACGACUUCUUGCGCACUAGCGGCCGGCAGUGAAGCGCGUCACAUAUGCUGCUGGCGGCAAAAUGACGUGUUGUGCUUUUUUUUUUUUUGACGCAGCUCAAUUGCAUCGUUAGCGACACCACAAGGGUCAAUAUUAAGCCUAUGCCACGUGUCAGUGCGGUUGUUAACUGACCGAGUCGUUCGAACCGUGUCUUGAUCGCCGCGUUGCCACGGACACGGUGAAACAAUCACAAGCGGACCGAAGACGCCCAUUAGCUAUAUGAUCACGUUUGCGAAUACAGUUGCACAUAGUGUGCGCUUCCUCUAAUCAUUUUCGGUGCAAUGCGGUGCAUAACUCUACAGCCCUGUGGACUGUCCGAUCGAUCGACUCUGGUGGCGUUAAACGUUUCGUUAUGAUGCUGGGUUGUGUCUGCCGUAGCCGCUCCUCUUCGUCGGGACAAUUUCGGUGGCGCUAGCAGGUUUCAGCACUGCGCCCUUCAUUGUUAUUUUUUUACACGUUUCCUGUACAGUCACUGCGUAAUUGUCACAAGCCCGUUUCCAGUGCGAUGCAACUUUCUGAGCGUGUGUGUUCGCGAGUGCUGUAUGCAAGAGUAGAAGAGCAGCUACCGGUUGUGAGCCAUCCGCAAAGUCUAUGCAUUGAAAACCAUUGAUCUCCGACGCCACCGGUAGGCGACGAGUCAUCACUGACGCAGACGCGGAACUGCGCCGCCCGGACAGACGCGCUGUAUGAAACACACGCAAGCCGAGCAUAAAUUAUCCACUCGAAGCUUUGCUAUGUAAAAACAUAACUGGUGCACAAAGAGUACUCGCGACUCUCCCGGCGUCACGUGACAUACCUCCUUGUGCUUUCGACUCUGGCAUGUUUUCCUUCGGUGCGCGAUUGAUUGCCUCAGCUUAACGUGGCCUAUACUCUUCGUCGGAGGCCUGCUAAGCAUUGGAAGGUGCUGUGAAUUCCACUUCGAAAUCCGACCCUCUUUAGCGUAUGAGUGCUAGAAAGACGUGAACAAGAUUGCGCAGGAGUGUCGACUUUAUUCUUGUUAGACUACGCGUGCACCUGCGUCGCGCUGCCUUCGACGUAGAAACACUCCUCCUCGCUUUUGUAAGCCUGCUUGCGGCAUUGGCAAUGCUAUCACAUGCAGUGCGCAGAUGCUUGACUGCUGCCUGCUAGUGCGUAAUAAUCUGGUGUCAACUGUGACCUUGCAAGAAGGCCGAAUGUCUAACGACGCGCGGGUCGUGUUCUUGCUUUCUUUUUUUUUCUCUCUCUACGACGCGGCCGCAUUGACGCGCAGCUUUCCCGCCGCUCUUUUUUCCUGCCACGUGACGCUCGAGGAGUAAUGUUGCUUCCGUCCUUUUGCAUGGCUUCGGUGGCGAGCUGCAUUACGCCGUCAUGUCAGUGUGCUCCGGUUGGGUCUCUAUUGCAGCCGUGGAAUCUGAAUUAACGCUUCGUCGAUGCGGCAUAGCACGCAGUCAAGGGAGCCGUGCCCAGGUGGUGCAUGUGCGGGUCUCGGUAAAUUUCAUUCUGUUCGAAAGGAGCGUAUGUCCACUUGCUGCGUUUGCAACGGUGUAAAACGCACGAUUUAAAAGAGUUGAAUGCUGGGCUAGUUGGUAUUUUGACGUGAGAACCAGCUUGAAAUAUAGCGUAACGGGACGGCACAACAGAAAGGAAGACGAGCCUGUGUUCGUCUUCCUUUCUGUUGUGCCGUUCCGUUGUGCUAUAUUUCAAGAAGUGAAAUGCAUACAUUUCGCCAAGUCAGCGUGGAUUUCAAAACUUGCUAAAAGCUAACUAGCUUCAAAAAAAGAAGAAAGAGAUAGGAAGAAUUUGCAGUUAGUAAAGUAUAGUAAUCGUCUCCCAAAUGGACCAAUGAAUUCCGCGACAUGAUUACACGUAACUUGCAUCGUAUACAGGGUGUUUCACGCAACUUGAACCAAGGAGUUAAGUGGUUAGCCGAAGCAAGCUAAAUGAAACCAACGGCCCAUAGUUUGCAGUCAUGUGGCGCUCCUUAGAUAAUAUUCCGCUUAAUUAGUUAAUUAACUAAGAUAAGUUAUGCAAAAUUUUUAAUAUUCACUUUAGGGCCAAGUGCGUUUCGUUACGUUUUAGAGGACAUUCGAGAACUACCGUUCCAAUUUUUUGUUGCAACGUACAUGUUGCGUGGCGAUUUUUCCCGGCGUUUAAAGCCCGCGAAAUACGAAAUAAAAGCACGUGACUGCGCUCGUGCGCUGCCGUAUUGCAGCGCUCACGACCGCGCUUCGUGCGAAAGAACCGCGCGCGCGGACCGUGGCCAAGUGAGCGGCCGCGGCUCCGCGCAUCGGCUUCGCAGCAGUGCGUCGGCAUCUGUGGCGGUGGCACGCGGCUCGACGCACGGUUGACAGCGCAGCAAUGCGACAGCGCACGAGCGCAGUCACGUGGUUUUAUUUCGUGUUUCGCGGGCUUUCUUUAAACGCCGAGAAAUAUCGCCACGCAGCAUGUACGUUGCCACGAAAAAUCGGAUCGGUCGUUUCUGAAACCCUUCUGGAACGCAAUGAAACUCAUUUGGCCCUAAAGUGAAUAUUAAAAAUUACGCAUAACUCACUUUGGUUAACUAGUUAAGCGAAUUUAAAAAAAAAUAUUCUAAAGAGCGCCACAUGACGGCAAACCAUAUGCCGUUGGUUUAAUGCAGCUGCGGCUGACUACCUUUUUUUUUUUUUAAUCCUUGGUUCAAGUUACGUGAAGCACCCUGUGCACUGCAAUGGUUUUCCCCAGCAGGUGGUUGAAUCGAGACCAGACACAACGCACUUUGUCCACUGUGGGCGCCACUUAGGACGUAUUACGUUGUUACUCAAGCGCGUGCACUUUUUUUAAUGGUCGCACUAUUUUUGUGGCCGCUAAGACAGCGUUCAGGGAGGCGCGGGCUCAUGCCUUAGGUUCUGAAUCAUGCUUGCUAUCACGCUCACCGCUUUGCAAAUGACUGUGCCCUGUUGGUAACAACAGUCGCAUACCAUGUGUUGAUGGUAGAUACUUGGAGGAGUGCAACUCGGCCGCUGGAGCAGCUAGGCGUGCAAAGCGCCAUUUCUGUAUUCAGAGAGUGCGCGCUUGGAAACAUCUACGACGUCAUUCUGUAGCAAUGAAGUUGCGCGCGCAGGCGCAGAAGAUUGGCAGGAGAGGUAGUAGAGCUGGCUCAUUCCAAACGUACGCCCUUGUAAAUGCUCUCCAAUUAGUGCAAUGCACGAGGAUAUGGCGCCUGGAAAGGUUUCCGCCAUAGAGUUGUUUCCGCACCGAGUGAGGCGUUCGCGUUUAAAGAACAAUCGUUACGUAUGACUCCGAAGGUGACCCAUGGUGUUAAAGUACCGUGCACAUUGUGACGUCACGUGUAGGGAUAGUCGAAAGGCAUGCUUUUCAGGAACUGCGAAACGGCUCUCGCUUGAUAGCUGCCUGACGGGGGUCGCCACUAGCUUCGCAUGUUUAACCCCAGCAAAGCGUUUAGUUUCUGUGCCAAAUGUGGCAUGUACUACUAGUAACGUCGCCAAGACCAGUGGGGGUAUCUUGUAAAUGUCCACCUAGUGGAGAUGACCAUUUCGUUUGCUGCUGAAGUUCUGAUUGGCUGGGCUGGGGACAUGGUGAGAAGGAGACAGGCGCCCCCAGCCAAUCAGCACUUUAGUAGCAGACGAAAUGGACAUGUACACUAGGUGGACACUUACAGAAUAUCCCCCUAGAUUGAUAUACGGAACUACGUGAAACCUGGGCCCUCCCAUUGUACCGACGCACCAUAUACGUAGAAACACAUAUUUUUCACCCGCGAAGGCCUCGCAAUUAAAGAAAAAAUAAUACUGAUUCGCAUAGUAGUAACGCCAGUUGCACACGUGUCUUCAAUAUGUGUAGCAUACACUGCAUGCCCGCGCUUCGACUGCACGAUGUCCACAGAUGUGCAACGCGUCUUUCUCUCAGCUCAAGGCAGCUCUCCCAGCCUUUAUUCCCGCGCUGUAAUAACAACACCAACUACCACCAACAAGUCUUCUGCGCCGCCUUCAGCAGCGAGCAGCAGACGCGUGUGUCAGUCACCGAUGUCUUCGUGCGCCAUUGUAAACGCAUUUUCACCGUUCCUUUCUCGUUUUUGGCGUACGGGUGUGGGAUGGAUAUAUGGAUAUGAGGGUGCCCUGGAACGGUUCCUUGGCGAGCGUAUAUGAGCGGCCCCCAUUUGUUUACGCGGCCGAGAGGGUUCUUUCAUCAGGCGCGACGAGCGUUGGUGCUUUUGUACCCUGCUUUCUCGCCCGGCGUUUUUGAGAGCGGCGCCAUGUAGCCCCAGCAGGGCCGUCGGCAGACUUCGCUUGGCCGCGUGCCAAGUGGCGCGCCCGCGCGUCUGAAUCCAUACAACAAAACGCGUCGCCGCUCGGAAGAAGAGGGGUCGCCUGCUCGCGUCGUCCUCAUCCACGCGGCCAGCAUUUAUUUCGCGAUCGUUACUGGGACACUCCGUGGAGCCGGCUGAGGAGACCCACUUCAGUGAUACUAUACCCCUCGCUUUGUUUUUUUUUUUUGUUUUUUCUAUUGUUACUUUUACUUGAGAAGCUGUACGCGACAGUUGGCUCCGCAGAAGAUUCCGUUUUCGGAGAAGAUCCCAUCGCAAUACAUUGACUCCCAUUCCAAGAAAGUGAAGAAUAAAAGCGAUUCUAUUCUUUUA